AUGAAGGUUGAAGAUCAGCUCUCCCUCAUCCUCUCGAAGCUCGACGAGCAAUCCAAGGGGAUCAGCGAGGGGAAUCGGCGGAUCACCGAUGUACAUGCCUCCAUCGAAGAUCUCAAGGCGGCGAAGGACGAUUUUGAGCGCUGGCGGCCACAAGUCGACACCAAGGUCGCCGACCUCACCGACUGCGUCGACUCCCUGUGUCACCAGAUCGACGAGCUCAAGUCCACGACCGCCUCACCUGCCGCGCCCCCCGUCUUCUCCGACGCUGUAUUUGUCUUCACCAAAACGCCGGCACCCACUCAUCAGGGUGCGUCCUCUUCGCAAGCGGCGUUUGGGCCAUGUGGCCACGGCGUUGCACACUGUCACCGGAGGGUGGGUUCAGGGGUCGGCGUCACCCUCGAACCACCUCCGGUCAAAGGUGAGCCCCCCACACCACCAAUCUCACCUCAUGGUCAUGCUUCGCAUCACUUCAAUUCCUGCUGUGGUCAUCACAAUUUCAGUCACAACUUGCCUCAACUUGAUUUUCCAAAGUUUAAUGGUUCCAAUCCAAAACUCUGGAUCAAACAAUGUGAAUCUUAUUUUGAUCUGUAUUAUAUCACCCCUGAAAAUUGGGUGAAAUUGGGCACCAUCAACUUCACGGGCACUGCAGCCUGUUGGAUGCAGACCAUUGAGCUUAACUUGCGUCAUUGUCCUGGGGAUAUUCUCUGUCAUAAUCAUACCCCGUUUGAGGUACUUUAUGGUCACUCCCCAAGGCAUUUUGGUAUCGAUCCUGAUCAAGACUGCAUUGUGCCUGAGCUGGAUAAAUGGCUCCUUCAACGCCAAACUGUCAAUGAAUUGCUUCAUCAGCAGCUCCUGCGUGCUCAGCAACGACAGAAGAACCAAGCUGACAAGCAUCGUACAGAACGUCAGUUUGAGGUUGGUGACAAGGUUUGGCUGAAACUCCAACCCUAUGCUCAAGCCUCUGUGACUUCCAGAACCUGUCAUAUGCUCUCUUAUCGCUACUUUGGGCCCUAUGAAGUGGAAGCAAAGGUUGGUACUGUUGCUUAUAAACUCAAAUUGCCGCCCCAGUCCAGCAUUCAUCCGGUGUUCCAUGUUUCUCUUCUGAAAAAGGGGGAGAUGUCACAGUACGAGUCAAAGCCCCCGAAGGAAGCACUAAGACCAAAAGGCCCAGGAAGCCCAACACUCGAGUCAUUGGCCCAGACUGGAAAGCGUAGAACGAUCCAAGCCCAGCUGCGUCUGGAAAACUACCUCAAAUUUUAUAAAGCUAUAAGAAAAGCCUAUCCAGACAUUCAAAUUAUUUCAAACUGCGAUGGCUCAUCUCAGCCACUUCACCAUCCUGCAGAUCUGUAUGAUGUCCAUAUUUACAGUAAUGCUUCUUAUGUUUUCCAAAUGAAAAGUAUGUUUGACAGGACAUCACGUAAAGGGCCUAAGGUGUUUGUCAGUGAAUAUGCAGUUAACGAACUAAAGGAUGCUGGUAACGGAAGCCUCCUUGCUUCACUGGCAGAGGCUGCAUUCCUCAUAGGAGUAGAAAAGAACAGUGACAUCGUCCAGAUGGCAUCUUAUGCGCCGCUCUUCGUCAAUAACAACCAACCUGGCUGGAAAUGGAUCCCAGACGCGAUAGUCUUCAACUCGUGGCAACAGUACGGAACUCCGAGUUACUGGAUGCAGACAUUUUUCUGUGAAUCAAGUGGUGCUGAGUUUCAUCCAGUUAAAAUCACAUCCAGAUACUCCGAUUCAUUGGCAGCAUCAGCAAUUACCUGGAGGGACACUGACAUUAGCUUCCUGAGGGUAAAGAUCGUAAACUUUGGACCUCAUGCUGUGAACCUGACAAUACGUGCACAUCAACUUCGAGCUGCUGUCGAUGCAAGGGGAUCAAGAGUCACUGUUCUGACGUCCAGCGAUGUGAAGCAUGAAAACUCGUUCAGAAACCCACAUAAUGUGGUGCCGGUUACCAGAGGGUUGCCUAAUGCAGGAGAAGGCCUUGCUCGCUCCUUGCUCGUUUACUUCAUUCGACUUAGCUCUGGAGGAGUACGGACGUGUGGCAGAGAUGUGAAGUAA